AAUGGCAGGGGAAGUGAACGCAUGGUGAAAGUCGUAAUUUAUCGCAAUAUGGACAUAUCCGCGGAAAAAAGAGAGAACGAGAAAUAAUUUUAUAACUGUUUUAAACUGUUUGAGAAAAAUCCAGUUAUUUGUUAUUGUUUAUUCUAAUACAAAAUCUUUUUUUUUUAGUUUGACGAUCAUAGUUAGUUCAAUAUAUGUGUAUAUUGUAGAAUGUGUGAUUUUAUGCUCUGUGACUAGUUGUUCGGUUGAUUGCUGAUAUAGUUUUUGUUCAACGGUGUUCCUUUAUUGAUCACACUCGACGCACGUGUUUUGAUUCUACGUACCUACACAGCACUACAUCACAGCACGACAUAAGUUUGUAACAUCUGAUCAGUGUGAUUGUGAAACGAAUUGUUCGAACAGUUCGCGCAUAUAUUUCUGAAAGACUGUCGAAUUUAUUUUAGUCCAUUGUUUUGCGUGGGAACGAAAACACAAUGGCGCAAAUAGGAAAUGUGACGGCAGAUCAAUUAAUUGCUGGAUCCAGUGUGUUGUCAAGACCCGCGGAAGAAUUCGACAAUGAUCCAUCCGUAGAAGCAAUGUGGGCGAUGAAAGCCAUGGAACAUGCAGAGGUUUAUUUCAAUAUUUUGUGCUCGGUUGACCCCAAGUUUUUGAAACUCACACCUCACGACGAACAGAUCUACAAGGCGUUUAAAGAUAGUUUUCCUACCAUGAAAGUAGACAAAAUAGACGAAGAUGAACUGAAAUCUCCAGAAGGAAAGGCGAAAUGGAGGCCGUUUUGCGAACAAUUUAGAGACAUUGUAGAGGAUUACAGUUUUGGUACGUUAUUAAGGGCAGAUUGUACCGGAGAUUAUUCAGAAGAGAAUAGCAUAUUGACAACCAGAAUACAGUUCUAUGCCAUAGAACUUGCCAGAAAUAGAGAAGGUUUCAAUGACGGCGUGCGAGAAAAAUAUAAACCAAAGAAAGCUGUAAAAACAUGAUCGAAUAUUGACUGCAACUACGCUAGCGCCACUAAAAACAAAUUCAGACGUAGAAGUUCUCGAUUAUUCCUUUUUAUGAUUUUUAAAUAUGUAAGAAAUAUACAAUUUUAUAAGACAUAUACAAUAAAACAACAAUACGAAAAUAA